AUGACCCCUGACGAGGAUCCAGAAAACAAGUUCAUCUCAUCAGGACGUUUCUUUUGUCAGCCAUUGCCUCCCUCUCAUCACGCUCAGAUCCGUGAAACUGCCAAACCAAGCUGCAGUCGCUCCCACAUCCCGAAGAACCACGUUCUGAUCAAUUCCCCAUUCGGCACCCCCAAGCCGCACCCGGACGCCAUCCCCGGCGGGCCGCCAAGACUCCUGGCCGCCAUAAUCAGUGGAGGCAUUGGGCGACCGAUGAGAGCCGCGGUUGACCCGAGCCGAAAGAUCACUGAUGUGGUGUCGCCGAUGUUGUCAUGGGUGUGGAUAGGAGAUUUUCGCCUUGGCAAAAUGCCAUUGCAAGAUCCGCAUCGAUUACAACCCAAGACCGGAAUGCGGGCGUCGAAAAAAUCGGAAGCUGUCCCAUUCGACAGUUACCAGAAGUUCUUCAAUCUAGAAGAGUCCAGACUACUUCCAGUGACUGGCCCCUGGAGGAGCGGCAGUGUAUUAUGCAGAAUCCCCGAGUGGCGCGUCGGAUUUGAGCCGACGCGGUGUGAUAUCAAUAGCCUUAAGAACCCCUUUCACCUCCCAACUAUUGGCAGCCAGUCCUUUUUGGCCUGCAGAGCCUAUGAUGACUUUGCAUGUACCAUAAUUCCUACUAGGGAGCUUGGGAGUCCGCGAGAAGAGCCCAUUUCUGUAAGGUGGGGGUUUUCGAGAAGGGCCCGGCAGAGCCAAGAGUCGAAUUCACAGCAACACGACUCAUAUCGUUCCCGUGGAAUCAGUCACAGCACCCACUCAUACGCAUCUCUGUUCCUUGUUACGAAAGUCACAACUUCUCCGUCCUGGAGUCCGAAGAUCGACGGUUCCACCUUUGAAUGUUUGAAUUGGACUGAAGGAUUUUGCGCUCAUGCCGUUGAGAAGGGCACCUCAAAUCGUUAUCCAGAGGCUAGGAAAUACUCAUAA